CCUAGUAUAAGAAAGUGUAUGCAUUGUUUAUAUUCAUUGUUGUUUCGAUCAUGGAACAUAGGCUGAAAAUGCAAAGUGCGAAUUUUCGAUAACACAUUUGGCAGCGUUCUAUAUUGUUUAAUUAGCGUCUCAACUUGUGCUUUGGACGUUUGUCUGCUUUUAAUUUAAUUUAAUUAUGUAUUUGAAUAGAAGCCAAAUCAAAAUUCUUGAAGGCUCUCAUUGAGUGUCUGUGGAGGUGUGGAAGCAGGUGAUCAACUCUAUUAUGCAAAUUAAAGAAAUGUUCUAUCACAUCUCCCUAGAGCAUGAAAUCCUGCUGCACCCGAGAUACUUCGGACCGCAGCUAAUGGAAACAGUCAAACAAAAACUUUUCACAGAAGUCGAAGGAACGUGUACCGGAAAGUAUGGCUUCGUGAUUGCCGUGACCGCCAUCGACUCCAUCGGAGACGGUCUAAUUCAGCCCAAUCGUGGGUUCGUCGUAUAUCCUGUGAAAUAUAAGGCUAUAGUUUUCCGCCCCUUCAAGGGCGAGGUGCUAGAUGCGGUUGUCACACAAGUGAACAAGGUCGGCAUCUUUACGGAGAUUGGCCCUUUGUCAUGCUUUAUCUCACGCCAUUCAAUACCUCAAGAUAUGCAAUUCGAUCCCAAUGCGACGCCACCGUGCUACAAAAAUGCAGAAGAUGAGGAAAUCGCUCAGGAUGAUGAGAUUAGGUUGAAAAUUGUCGGAACUCGAGUGGACGCGACAGAUAUCUUUGCCAUUGGAACGUUAAUGGACGAUUAUUUGGGCGCCAUUGCUAGUGCAUCAUAACGUAUUAUUAUAUGUGUUAUUUUAAUGCCAAGUUACCGUAUUUUGAUAUAUUCGAUUGAGUCGGGAACAAAAAAUUAUGUGACUGUAUAUGAAUGUAAAUGGGAUCAGAAAUCUCAUUAGCCACAGAAAAUAGCUUGCGACAUGGAUACCAUGUAAUGUAUAUUGGAUAAAGAAUUUACUAUUUUGGUU